AAUUAACUGCACUUUCACUUUUUGAAAUAAUAAUUCGGAGCGAUCGGCUACUACUUUGCAGAAAAUUUAUACAAGAAACAAUAUUCGAAACCAUGUCAUCAAUAGGAUAUUCUCUAGCCGUUGAUCAAAGUGGCUACAAUAAGGAAUCUCUCACCGAAAUUUAUCAACAUUCUCUUGUUUCCAAUAAUUCCAUUCUCUAUCUUUAUGGUGGAGAAGAUUCGAAUGGAUACUGGACGAAUCGUCUAUGUGUUAUGAAUGUUGCUGGUUUUGCAAUCAAAGGAAAAGCUAAAGCCAAAUAUCUUGAAUGGGAAAAACCGAAAUACAAUUCAUUUCCUCCUAAAAAAGAUGGUCACGUAGUUUGUUUCAAUUCCACACAAAAGAAAAUGUUUAUUUUUGGUGGAAGUGAUAAUCAACACAUUUCUGGACAGAAUAAUGCUGUCUAUUCUGUUUCUUUCGAUAAUUUUAAUUGGAAAAUUGAGAUGAAACAUGAAGAAACAUCUGCUAGACCAAUUGGAAGAUCAAACUCUGCAUUCACACAAGUUAAGAAUAGUUUAUUCUUGUAUGGUGGUAAAGUUAGUGAUUUUAAUGCAAAUUUGGAUUUUCCAGUAACUAAUCAAGUAUUGGAUGAUUUUUGGAUGUUAGAUACUGACUCAGUUUCUUGGAAGAAACUUUCAAACAAAUUGGCUGCUGGUAAAAACUUGCCAAAAUUGUUUGGUGCUUCAUUGUGUGCUACUGCUAAUGGAGAACAUCUCUUCCUGUAUGGUGGAUCAAUUGGUAGAGAAUAUAGUCCUGAAUUGUACAAGUAUUCCAUCAAGAGUGACUCAUGGGAAUGUGUAACAUCAAAAACCAAAGGUGACGGUCCAAAGAUUGGUAGAGAACGUCAUGCUUGUGUACUUUUAACAAAGACCAAUGAAAUGAUUAUGAUUAUAUGGCAAGCGUUGCAGGUGUUGGUUCAAAGGCAACCACCACCACUACUCCUACAGCUGUCAAACAACCUGAAGUGCCAAAGAAACCAACUACCAGUACUGUUACUCCAACACCUGAAAAGGUUAAGGAGUCAAAGCCAGUUGUAACCUCAAACAAUUCAGGUGAUUUGAUCGGUGAAAAGUUGCAAAAUAUUGACGAUAAACCAAAGUUGGAAAUUGUCAAGAAAGGAGCAAGAAUGCAACAAAGAAAACCUAAAACAAUUAAUGCUGAUUUAUCCAAGUUGGAUAAGGCAGCUCAACAAGUCACUGUAGAUGUACCAGAUGAAAGCAAGUUCAAACAAUUGGAAUUGGAAGCUAAAAAGAUUGUCACUCCACAACAAGAACCUGAAGCUUCUUCCAGUGACCAAUCUGCCGAAAAGAAGCCAAUUAGAGGAGGUGUAUCCAUGUUCCCUGCAACUGGUAAUCCAAUGAUGGGUGAAUUGAGUGCAAAGCUCAAAAAGAAACAAUAAUUUAUAAAAGAGCAUCCUGUAAG